AUGAUUGAUUCGGUUCUAAAUCCAAACCGGCGGUACAAUGUUUACACCAAAUCAAGAACCGGAGGAGGGUUGAUGCAGUGUUGGGAUGCACUGUACGAGCUGAAAUCAUGCACUAACGAGAUCGUUCUCUUCUUCCUCAACGGUGAGACCAAACUCGGCCAUGGUUGCUGCAACGCCGUUGACGUCAUUACCAACGACUGUUGGCCUGCGAUGCUUACUUCUCUUGGCUUUACAUCUGAGGAAACCAACGUCCUCCGUGGGUUCUGUCAAUCUCCAACUCCCGGCGCCGCUCCUUCCCCUCUCAAACUUUGAUUAAUGUUUAUGUUCCUCGCUGAUGUAUGCAUAAUCAUAUUAUAAUUAUAAACAAAAUACUUAUAAAUAAAGAACAAAACCAUUUUCAUGAUAUUUUCUGUUAUCAUA